GGAGACAAACACCUUCUUUCAUUCUCCCUCUCGACAAUAAGGCUCCAGCAGCUCCCCUCCACUCCAUUCACUUCUCGACAACUCGAGGCAACCCUUCCAUUCAUUCAUUCUCCUCGGCAGCAAACGAUAAGACAACACCUUCUCCUUUUCUCCCUCUCGACACAAGACAGCAACUGUCUUCCAUCUUCUCCUCUCGGCAGCAACAACUCAAGCAAGCAACAUGCUUUCAUUCCUCUCGACAACCAAAAAGAACCCAGUCCCUUCCAUUCUCCUUCCUCUCGACUAACAUAUGGAAGGCAGCAACUCCAUUUCCAUUCCUUUUUCUUCACGACAACAACAAGCAGCUCAAGCAUCAAUUCGCACUUCGUACGGUGGAAGCCUCAUUCGAUAGUAGUUAGAACAUCCCCUUCAUUGCUCGAUCUCCCUCGACAUCACCUUCUCCUAUCAUUAAUAUAGGACCCACGAUCGUUACGUUGGCCAAGUGAUUGGGUGAUCAAUCGAUGAGAUCAAUGUCGAAUAUAGUUUGGACAACCGCCAUCACGUUCUAGGCACGAAGUUAAGGUUGUAGAGGAGGAGCUAGGAAGCAUCCAAUCGGGGGGCAUCCAGUGAGAGAGCAGGUUACCGGAGGAGGACCACGUCAUCACUUCUGAAGAUGUCUGACCACGGAUCGGAGUAAGCAGCAUUUGUAAUCUUUAGUUAUUUGCUUUAUGAUUAUGAGUAAUGACUGGAGAUUUAAAAGGAUAAGACUUUAUGGAUUGAGAUUUGCCCAAAUGUUAGGGCUUUUCUUUUAGAUUAUAAGAUGUAUUUUCAGUAUUGGUAUUUCGAGC